AUGUGUUGGUCUGGGUUCAACGUCCCCUUAUCCUAUGGGUAGUCCAAGUGCUGCUGUCCGUUCUUACGUUAAUGAAAGGCUUGCUGGAUAUAUACAUCGGCUCAAAGGGCACCUGUUUGCAGAAGCUUACCCACGACGGUUUUAUUUUGGAUCUCAUAUGCACUGUGCCGUUCCUUGUUACCGUGGCGUACCCACCAAUACUUAGUAACAUCUUCAUUCCUAGUUUCCUCAACUGUUGGCUGGUCCGCCGAUCUCUUCAAAAACUACUGAACGACCUUCACCUAACGAGACAGAGAUUUCAGACAAUAUCAGUGACUCUGUCACAACAACUUCUGGUACUUCUCGUCACACUGUGGUGUCUUAUAUUUACCACGAUUUGUGGUAUACAACACAUACAGCGAGGUAGUAAUGGCCACGAACUGUCGAUGUUCGAGGCCAUGUACUUUGUGAUCGUGACCUUCAGCACUGUUGGGUACGGCGACAUCUCCCCAGAUACCUGGCUCGGGCAGCUCUUUAUGACCUUUAUGAUAUGCUUAGCCUUCGCUUUUAUACCUAGACAGGUUGAAGGCAUAACCUCUACGUUAAGAGAAAGGAAGAAAAUCGGCGGGGAAUAUAGUCAGAGCCACUCAGCGGGUCAUCGACAUGUGGUUGUUUGCGCAACCAAUCUCACUGCCGAAAGCAUCAUGGAUUUUCUUAUUGAAUUUUAUGCCCACCCGAAACUUGAGGACCAUAUAGUAGUCCUGCUAAGCUCAGAGGAGAGGGACACUAGCCUACAGAUGAUUUUAAAGGACCCCAAAUGGGCCCACCGCGUUAUAUACAUGCGUGGUUCUGCUUUAAAGGACAUUGACCUCAAGCGAUGCAGAAUUCAUGAAGCUGAUGGCUGUUUCAUUCUCACACCAACAGCCUGUAAUAACAGAGAUGAGGCGGAUCAGCACACUAUUUUACGGUCGUGGGCUGUGAAGGACUUUGCACCAAAAUGCCGACAAUACAUUCAGCUAUUCAAAGCGGAGAAUAAAAUUCAUGUCAAGUUUGCUGAACACGUGGUAUGUGAGGACGAAUUUAAAUACGCUCUCCUUGCUAAUAACUGUCUGUAUCCCGGUAUGUCCACGCUGGUCACUCUGCUGCUCCACACCACCACUGGAGAGGCGGGGCUUAUUGGUCAGGAACCAUGGCAACAGGUGUAUGGGCGGCAUUCUAGGAACGCUGUGUACCACAUACAACUAUGUAAAAGCAUGUUUUUCAGAGGGUACAGCGGGCAGAGUUUUACCUGUGCUUCCGCAGAUGCACAUAAACGGUUUGGGGUUUGCUUGGUGGCUGUUUUAGACAUCACAAAAACAGACCCACGUUUACAGCUAAACCCUGGCGCAGACUACAAAUUGAAGGAUUCUGAUUAUUGCUUUUAUAUUGCGGAGUUUAAGGAGGAAUAUGCCAAAAUAUGUUCUGAAGCCAAAACAGAUCAGAAACAAACAGGAAAUGAACCAAGUAAAAAUCUAGAACAAAUAUCGGAAUUAUUAGAGAAACUGCUGCAACAGGAUCUGAAUACACUCCAAGACGAACAGGAAGAAAGCGUCUUCAACAACACGAUCACGUGCCAAUGGGGUCUGGAGAUAGCACGACGAAUGCGUACAAAAUCACCGGAAACCCGUUUAUCAGACAGUGAUCCUGACGAAAACGGGGUGGACACUGAGGUUGACACCCACGGGAAGACUGAUCCCGGGGUUCCAAAGGUCCUACAAGUGUAUGAAGAUAUGGGACAGGAAAGCAUAAUGACAGGCCCACCUCCACCAACACUAUAUGCCAGUAAACAAAAGACGUUAUGUCACGUGAUGAUAUCGCCCCGCCCCGUAUGCUGUUUGGAGUGGGGGACGGACUGUGAGCACUGUACGUACAAGAAUGCACGCGAUGGCAGAUGGACGAACCAGCUGAUUAUACUGGCAGCAGAACACGCAUGCGUCGGGAUCCACAAUUUUAUCGUCCCUCUCCGGUCACAUUUCAUCAGUAUGAACUCCCUCAGUCCGAUCAUUCUGCUUUUGAAUGAAAGGCCGACGAACCUAUUUUUGGAAACAAUAGGGCAUUUUCCUUUAGUUUACUGGAUUCAGGGAAAGAUUACAAGUAUAGACGAUCUGAUCUUAGCCGGGAUCCACAAAGUCAGCCAUCUGGUGAUAGUAAAUCACGAGACAAAAUCAAAAGAAAUGGAGAAGACUAUGGUGGACUCUGAAUCUAUAGUCGCGGUUCAAACAAUUCUUAAACUAUUUCCAAACACCAACAUCAUUACCGAACUCAGUCAGGCUUCCAACAUUCGCUUCAUGCAGUUCCAGGCUAACAACGAGUAUACUCGCCAAGUGUCUAAACUGGAAAGGAAACUAAAGGAACGAAUGAGUUCCACGUUAUCCCAUAUAUUCCGAACUCCGUUUGCUGCGGGACAGGUCUUUAGUGCCAGUAUGCUGGACAGUCUUCUGUAUCAGACGUUCGUUAAGGGUUAUCUGAUUACAUUUGUACGACUGUUACUGGGAAUAGAUGCCGAGGACAAUUCUGGUCACUUAUCAAGUAUUCGUGUUAAAAACAUGACUUUGGCAAGGUACCGGACAUUUGGAGAACUAUACCACGGAAUGGCUACCACAACUGGGGAAGUACCUAUUGCUAUUUAUAGAACAGAGAAAUCACUAUCCGGAACACAAGGAAAUGACGGCACAGUUAAUAACAAUGAAGAUGGAAAGAAGAACGGACUGAUUGAAGCACACAACCGCCCAUCUCUCCCGAAGGGACCCUUCCUGGGCAAUCAUAUGCAAAACAGCGAUAUGAACGACCUUGUGAGGAAUCGGCUAGAAAGUCUCGGAAUGGACUCGGAUGAUUACGUCGUAGACGACUUGAAAGACAAUGAAAUUUCAUAUGUUAUACUUAACCCAACGCCAAAGAGAAAACUGAGAGUUGGGGAUAGUGUAUAUGUGGUACAGCCAAGCAGUAUGGCAGCAAUACCCCACAAGCAGCGGUGGAAUCGGGCGAGGUCAAUCAGACUAAAAAAUAAAGAACAAAAUGGAAACGUCAGGACUCCACGAUCCACGUCACCUUAUUCGACCACCCCUCGGUCAACUUCUCCAACGUUGUCGUCUCCAGGGUCCUCGUCCCCAAUUACACUCGAUGCUAACGAAAAAGGGCAACCACCGAGAGUGAACUUUAUCUCGCCUUCUCCUAGUCCAGAACAAGAUAAAAGCGGAAGAUUUACUAUCGUACCUUCCUCCGAACGACUAGGAAAAACACGAAACAGCAUUAGUUAGUGUGAGUGUGUGUCUUUGUUAAUAUCGUCGUUGGUUAUGCUUUUUUCGAGUUAUUAAGUUUUCGAAAUUUGUCAUGUUUUUCAACAUGUACGGUUAACAUGUAGCUGAACAAAGCGAUGAGCAGGCAUUAACGUCUCUGGUAAUCGGUAGACUACCACCGUGUUUCUAAGAGUUAUCAAUUAUAACUUCUUUCUUUAUAAAGCGAUUGCUGUACGUAUGCUGCCGCAUUUAUUUUUGUAUUUCUUCACGAUUCCGAAUAUUGUAGCUAAUCAUAAUCUUUAUCACCAAUUAAUAGCGUUACCCACCAAUUUCGACUACGAAUACUGAAUUCCAUAAUGAAUAGCCAUUAGCCUGUCAUAAUUUUGUUGUAAAUAUUAACUUAAAUGAUCAAGAAAUAUUCGUGAUCAAAAUGAUUGUUACACAAUAAAUAAAUAAUUCAAUGUGGGCAAUAUUUAAACGCUGUUGAAAUAAGUAUUCGAGCAUAAUGAUAGACAUCCUAAAUACACCAGGAUUAUCGUUUUUCUUACGCUGUCUUCUCCCCUGGAAUAUGUCAUAACCAAAUAGCAGGCUCAGUGUGUGCUACUUUGACAAGCUUUGCAGUCAUUUUGGAAAUAUGUAAUAUGAAAGUUUUUAUAAAGGCAUACACCAUCGUCUCAUCGUUGUACAGGUAAACAAUAUAAAUCACUCAAUCAAAGCUUGACAAAGGGACGUUUACUACGUACAUUGUUUGUUUAUAAAGAUAAUUAUAGAAACUGUAUCAACCUUUCGUUGACUUGAGACCUCUCAAUUAACUAGCCGCGUGCCUUCAAUUUUACCAUUACAUAUUUAAGGGGGGCAGAAAUCGUAGGUGAGCGCAACAUAUGGAAUGUCAAGGCUGAAAGCAAGAUAAUAUCAGAAGUGACUGUUAUAUGGGCAUUAAAACAGAUGGCACAAGAUCCCACCGGUUUAUCGCACAUGAUCAAAGGCUUACAGUGACCUUUAUAGUGUCUUGUUUGUUAAAAUAAGUAGAUUUUUAUCGAAUACGAACUUUUGUUUUAUUAAGUAAUGUUGGUUUGUUCUUAUAUAAGAACGCAAGAAUUAUUGUGAAAUUAGUUUAGAAUUUCUACCAAAUCAACACCCUUGAAUCGGUGUUGGAUUUCCCCAAUUUAAAUACUCAGGUAUAGUUCUCAGUGUAAAUAAUUGAAUUUCUCUCAAUAAAAAACCCCAUUAAUGUUAAAAAACCCAGGUAUAUUUUUGGAUUGGUAUCAAUUAAAUUUCAAUGUUUAUCGCAAGAUAUAAAUACAAAAGUGUACCACUGUAUUGUUUCCGAUGUCUAAUUUAUAAUUGCCAAGGCAUAAUUUUUGCAAUCUUUUGCAAAACAUCACUCACAAAAAUCGUCUUUUGCUGUGAAUUUCUCUUAUAAAUGCCAAAAAAUAAAAAUAAAAAUGUCAUUGUCAUACAUUCAAAAUACCAUGUCAUUGAUAAUCGAAUGCCAAACUGUUUUAGCUCACCUGGCCCGAAGCUAAUGCCAUGGCUUAUCGUCCGUCGUCCUGUUUCCCUCGUCCGUCAACUUCUUCCUUUAAAUCGGUACUGGUCCUUAACGGCUCUGAGGAUUUUGACCAAAUUUAGUCAGGAGCAUUAUUGACCAAAGGGUUCUCAGUUUAUAUAAACGGAGGGUAUAGCCCCCUAGAGGCAGAGGGGCGGGGCCAAAUAGAGGGAAAAUAGGUAAAUCUCCAAAAUUCUUCUUCCUAUCGACCAAUAUAAGGAUUUUGAUCAAUUUGUUAUAGAGCAUCACGUUGAAUAACUCCUGAUUGCAUUAUCUAAAAAUUAACAGGCUCAAAACAGCCAAAUACAUUCCGAUCUUUUCUUUUCAAAAAAUAAUUGCUUAAAUCACAAUUGUUUUAUGUUUUUUAUGUCUCGUGAAUUUGGCUGUUGGCGGUCCUCGUCGGACCUGUUUGAGUGACUGCUUUAAUAAAGCGUACACACUCUGCCGGUAGGCCUAUCGAUGUCCGCAUCAGUCCGAUUUGCAGACGAUCAUUAAACUACUUUAAAUCGUGUAUUUUAUAAAAAAAAAAAUGAAAGAUUUAUCCGCAUAUAAGAUUUAAUCUUUUUUGAAAGUUAUUGUUGUGAAAACAACAUCGUUUUAUCCCAAUUCCAUGUUCUGCCCAUGCCAGGCGACAACAGCUAUUUGCCACAUGCUUUCUUAUUAAUUCCAUGUGUUGGCAUGGUUACUUAAACAGCGUGUAUGUAUAUGCACCUGUCAUUGUUAGACCAUUUAGAUUUACAGGUGGAAAUAUGUCAGUUGUAGCUUGGUCAAUGAUUUAUUAUACUGAAAAUGAUCAUAUACAAAUGUAGGAGAUGGGAUGACUUUCAUGUCAUUUUGACAUAUUUCUAGUUUUUGAAGGGAUUUUAAUCAAACUUCUUCUAGAGUAUCUAGAGCACCCCCAAACCCACACCAACCCCUAAGGUCCAGAUCAAUCCCUGAAGGCUACCUCCUUGGGACAUAAUAUGGACACUCAUUUCUUGGCGUCUUAUCCUCCAAAACAGAUUUACAUGUAGUUCUUCUUGCAACUUUGCUUCUUGUACUCUUUUGAUAACCCUGUUUGCUACUCAGCCGGUUUUGAAUUGAAGUAAAAUACUAGAUGAGCUAUUAAGGCCCCUGUGACUCUUGUGAUGGUAACUAUAACAACCAAAAUGUUCUUAUAUCUUCUAUAUAUCCUGCCGUUAUUGGAUUUUGAUUUAACUGUGUCAAUUUCGUUACGAAAUAAUUUAAAUUGGUGCGUCUCCGAUAUCACAUUCAUCCCACAGGCUUUUAAUUACUACAGCAUUCCAAUAAAUUCAACAUAUCUAACUUAACAUAACAGUAUGGCGUCAGUUGGCGGCAAAUGUCUGAAAAAUGAAUUAUUAAUUGGUGCAACACAGGAUACGUUUUUUAUGAUAUCUUGGGAUAGAACUUCUAAUUAUUUGUCUGAAUGUAGUUCUGAACAAAAAGUUACUGAGGAUUUAACGAGAAUAUUUUCGAAAACUGGCAUGAAUAAUUAACAAAUGCUUAUCGAACAACUUCCUGAUUGACCUGCCUAUGCCUUUAUAUGUGACUGCUCGUUGUUUGACGUGUCUUCCCCUGUGUGUGUGUGUGUGUGUGCGUGUGUUAGGAGGGAGGGGGGGGGGGGUUUGAUAAUGAUUCUUCCACAACCUUAAAUUACUCAUUCGCCACGUCGUUGUAUUGUUAAGUGUAGGGGCUUGUACUGUCUAAUAUACGCAAAAAUGUUCGAGUGAUUUAGAUAUUUAUAAAUGUUGUAGUUUUACUUUCAUAAAAUAUAACAAGUGCAUAUAGUUACCGAUGUGUUCAUUUACCAAUUUAAUGUAAUGAAAUAGAUAUUCCUGAAUUUCAUAAAUCAAUUUCCAACAUCACAAACAUUCCGCAGCCGUUAUAUCAACAAACGAUUUUGUAAAUUACAUGAUGCCCUGAAUUAUCGAAUUUAGUUCAUUUUGAUUAAGAGCAUCUUGCUAAUUUCGCAGGUUUUUUAAAAAGAAUUCCGUCAGUUAUUCUAUUUCACAGUGUCGCUAAUUUCAAUCGUACAAAUUUCUUUUCGUUCUAGUUUUAAACUGUUCCCUUAGUUUUUAUUUCUUUUUACUUACUCUACUAGGUAUUGUUUUAGUCUAGCCUAAUUUGUUGUCGGUAAGGACAACUUCGUUAGUUUUUGAAUUGGACAGAUGCAUUAGUACUUGCUUUAGACGACUUCAUUAGUUCUUAUUUUAGUCGUGCCUAGUCAGUUCUCGGAAAAGACAGUGCUAAUUAUUUUUAAUUGACAGUUAAAUUAGUUUUUUAAACGUCUCCAUUAGUUUUUGUUUUAGACGGCUUCAUUAGUUUUUGUUAUAGACAGCCAUAUAAGCUCUUGUUUUAGAUGCCCCCGUCAGGUUUUGUUAUACAGCCCUGUUAGGUCUUGGCCAAGACGAGUCCGCCGAUUCCUGUUUCAAACAGUCUCGUCAGUUCUUGUUCUAAGCAUCUAAGUAAAGUCCUGACCUGAACAAAUUCAUUAUUAUUUCUUGUUUAAGGUAGAAGUUUUGUUUACUUUUACUUUAGAUAGUUCCGAAAGCAUACCACUGCUGUAAAAAGUCAGUCCUGUUAAACAGUGGAACUUUGUCUUAUUUUAUAUAAAUAUCCCGGCGCCAGUAGAGUUUCGUUUAAGACUGUUACAUUAUUUUUGUCUUAAACAUUCCUUAAGUUCUCAAUUUUAUAUGUAAACAAUUCAAUACUUUGAUAGCUUCCCGCUGAGUUUAUUCUUUGUCAACAAGUAGUAUUAGUUUCAUUGUAUUGUAAGCGCUGUUAUGUGUCUUCUGAAACUUUUCCUAUAUUUCCUCCCUUUAGUUAAUUCGGGUUUCCCCCUUAAGACGUCAUCGUUUGUUGAACUUGCUUUAUACUCUUCUGGUAGUUUGAAUAAUUGAGAUUCCUGCCAGUACCAUUAGGAAAAGAGUUUUAAAUGUAAUCUUUAAAUUAACAUUAAGUAUUGUUGAUACUGCGAUUCGGUAGUAUGAUGAUAUAGCAUAAUUUAGCUAUUUUUUAAAUAAGUAUUUUCCUCUCAUUAUUUUUAUAGAUAAUGCUAAAAUAUUCUUGCCUUAUAUGAUAAACAAUAUGCAAACAUACUCGUUGUCCUUUGGUUAAAAAUCGAUAAAGUAAUCGGUGAUUAUGUUGUGAAACCGACUAUUUUACUAUGUGUAAAUAUCAGUAAUAUAACUGUACAUUUUCUUUCACUAAAAUUAAAACCAUUUCCGAAGCAGUACAUUUAGGCUUCGGAUGCAGGAUUGCUUUAUUUUAAAGUGAAUACCAUGAUCUAAUUUCUCCUGAUCAAUAGAUUUGCCUGCAUUAUUUAAUGUUUUGAAGAAAUAACAGCGAAAACCAUUAAAAAACAACGAGAAUAUAUCUAUGCAAAUGACGUCAAACUGUAUUUAUAGUUUGUUGUCAUUGUUUGAUUUUUCAUGAACCAAAUGAUCUGAGAUUGCUAUUAUAUCGUUGAUACCUGAUGUUUUGUUGUUAACCAUAUUGUUAUGUAAACCUGUCAUGAAAUGAUUAUCUUUUGUAUGAUUUUCAUAACCAAAAUAACGAAUAAAAAUUUGUUCAAGGA